UCUUGCUAAUAUUAACAGACUUAGAGGUGGUGUAUCCGUAAGUAGUUCUACAGAAACAGUAUCCAAUAUUAUAGUUCUUUUUAUCUGUGCUGCAUUGCUGACAGUUCCACGUGAAAGUGAAGGCGAAAAGAUGGCAUAUAGAGACUGAUCAAAAGUGCUAGAGUUUCUGACCAGAAAAUAGAACAGUAAAACAGUUGCUUUGUUAUCAAGAAAAAUAAAUGUUGCAAUCCUGGUAUAAUAGAGGUGCAACUGAAGCUAAGAGACAUUGUGAAUUAUCCUAUUGUACAAGCAAAGCAUAUAAAGAGAAGACAAAGAAGUUGAGGAACAGCUGCAUAAUCAAGUGCUUGAAUCUAUCUGAAAUGGAAAAUGAGUGGGUGAUCAAGAUAAACGAUGAGCUGAUGCACGUGGAGGAUCUGACAACGGUGGAGGCAGAGCACUGGAAGAAGCGGUCCAUAUAUAGAGUACCUGUUGGUGUUGCAGAUGUGAGCAAGAAAGCUUACAAACCUCAGGUUGUUUCUUUUGGUCCUUACCAUCAUGGCACAGAUCAUCUCAAGACUAUGGAAGUUCAUAAGCACCGAGCUCUUCUUCAUUUCCUCAAGCGAUCUGGAAAAUCAUUAACAUGUUAUAUUGACUCCUUACAACAAGUGGCUCAAGAUUUGAAAGAUGCAUAUGACUUGCUGGAUCCUGUAUGGCAAAAUGAUACCAAUGCUUUCUUGCAGUUGAUGAUUCUUGAUGGCUGUUUCAUGCUGGAGGUCUUGAGAACAGCUGCUGCUGAUAGUCUACUUAUAGAUCAAUCUCAGCAUCCUCAACAGUACGACUAUGCUCCUAAUGAUCCGAUUUUCAGCAAUCAUGGAAAGCUCCAUCUCAUGCCUUAUCUCAAACGCGAUAUGUUGAUGCUUGAAAAUCAGUUGCCUAUGCUCCUUUUGGAAAGAUUACUUGCCAUUGAAAAUCAAGAGGAAAAGAUUGAAGGGUUACUCGAUUGCAUUCAGCAGGAAGAUGAGCAAUGCAUUAAUAAGCUCAUUCUGGACUUCUGCAAUCCUCACAGCCGCGCUAAAGGACUUGGGAAAUGUUUGCAUGUAUUGGAUGUCUACAGAAAGAGCAUACUUUGGGAAGAUCCUAUGUUGGGCAAGACUCGUCCAAGGAAAGCACCCAAAGUUAGCAACCAGAGUAGUGGCGAUGAGAUAAUCCGUUCUGCUAUGGAGCUUCAUGAAGCAGGCAUUGUGUUCAGGAUGAGUAAAACUAGAAGCCUUAAGGACAUAUCCUUCCGUGGUGGUAUACUUAAGCUUCCUCUGAUCGUGGUGGAUGAUGCAACAGAGUCAAUGUUCUUGAACCUAAUAGCUUUCGAGAGAUUGCACGUAGGUGCAGGAAAUGAAGUAACCUCAUACAUCUUCUUCAUGGAUAAUAUUAUUGACAAUGCCAAAGAUGUUAGCUUGUUACACUCUAAUGGCAUCAUCCAGAAUGCAAUUGGCAGCGAUCAAGCUGUGGCUAAGCUAUUCAAUUCACUAUCGAAGGACAUUACGUUGGAUCCAGAUAGCAGCCUUGAUCUAGUACACAAACUGGUAAGUGACUAUUGCAAACUGCGGUGGAAUGAAUGGAGAGCCAAUCUUAUUCACACCUACUUCAGAAGUCCCUGGGCCAUUUUGUCUGUCAUUGCUGCUAUAUUUCUUUUCGCCCUCACCAUUGUUCAGACGAUAUACAGCAUCUAUCCUUACUAUUAUCCACCACGUUCCUAACGACAAUAUCCUCACAUUGAAGUACAAAGACUUCAGUUUUCUCUAUUGGAGAAAGACGACGACUGUUACCAAAUUUUGGAGUGAACUAAUCUGGUGCAUCUUAUUUCUAAUUCACUUUGAUUCCUCAAGUCCAUAUGUUAGUUAUCACAAAAGUUAAGUGGUGUUUAUGUGAUGAAUGUAAUACUUGAUAUCCUACUCUAUAUGUGAUUUCAGUAAGAAA